AUGGAGCAAACAUGUGAUGAUAUAGACGAAAUGUUCAGCAAUUUGCUUGGGGAGAUGGACAUGCUGACCCAGAGUUUAGGAGUAGAGACUGUACAACCUCCAUCCCCCAAAGUGUCCAGCAAUGAGUUUAGCUUUACAGUUGGUUUUAAAGAUUUAAAUGAAUCUUUAAGUGCCCUAGAGGACAAAGACCUUGAUGCUUUAAUGGCAGAUCUUGUAGCAGACAUAAAUGAUGUUGAACAGAAAACUUUACAAGCCCAGAAAACUUCUGGCAACCAGCAAAGUAUGGUUGCUCAGCCUUCAACAGACUUGGAUAGUGACAUAUAUUCUAAAUCAUCAAGUUCCUAUGUUACCAUCACUGGACAGUUUGAGGAUGCCUUGCCCCCUCCACCUCCAGACCCUGAUCUAGACCUUCCACCACCACCUCCUCCUCCUCCUCCUGAACCACUCACCCAGGAAGAACGAGAGGCACAGGCUAAAGCUGACAAGAUUAAACUUGCAUUGCAGAAACUGAAGGAAGCCAAAGUUAAAAAGCUUGUUGUCAAGGUGCACAUGUAUGAUAACAGCACAAAGUCUCUAAUGGUGGAUGAGCGGCAGGUGACACGGGAUGUUUUAGACAAUCUCUUUGAGAAAACCCACUGUGACUGCAACGUCGACUGGUGUCUGUAUGAAAUGUACCCAGAGCUGCAGAUUGAAAGGUUUUUUGAAGACCAUGAGAAUGUUGUUGAGGUGUUAUCAAACUGGACUCGACACACUGAGAAUAAGAUUCUAUUUUUGGAAAAAAGUGAGAAAUAUGCUUUAUUUAAAAAUCCCCAGAAUUUCUACCUAGCAAGCAAAGGGAAGAAUGGGAGCCAAGAAAUGAAUGAUAAAAACAAAGAGGCUUUACUGGAGGAAAGCUUCUGUGGGACAUCUGUCAUUGUGCCAGAGCUGGAAGGGGCCCUUUAUUUAAAAGAAGAUGGAAGAAAGUCUUGGAAGAGGCGUUAUUUUCUUCUACGAGCUUCUGGAAUUUAUUAUGUACCCAAAGGAAAAACUAAGACAUCACGGGAUCUGGCAUGCUUCGUUCAGUUUGAGAAUAUAAACGUUUAUUACGGUUCUCAACACAAAAUGAAAUAUAAGGCACCUACAGAUCACUGCUUUGUAUUAAAGCACCCCCAGAUUCAAAAGGAGUCACAAUACAUCAAGUACUUAUGCUGCGAUGAUCAAGCAACCCUGCACCAGUGGGUAACAGGAAUAAGAAUUGCCAAGUAUGGGAAGACGCUAUAUGAUAACUACAAAUGUGCAGUGAAGAGAGCUGCCUUGUCCAAAACCAAGAGACAAUAUCCAAACGAAGAGACAGUGGAACCAGCCACCCCUGUAGGAUCCUUAGCAGCAGGUGCUGUGCAGUCAAAUGGUCAGAUUCCCCAAAUUGUUCAUCGUUCCAGUGUAGAAUUUCCAGAGACUCAGAAGCAAGUGGCUACAUCAGAGGCCAAGUCAAACGACGUCGGUGCGCCUGGCCCGGCCCAGCCAGUGAUGAGGCUGCAGAAGCACCAGGCUAGGAGGAACUCACUGCAGCCUCCUCCUCCACCUGAAAGGCGGUCCUCUGCUAUUUCUGCUUCACCAGUCCUACCCUCCAAAGUCACACGAGACAGCGGCGUUUUCCUAACAGACCCAGACAGCUUUCCAGCACCGCCACCUACGCUGAGAAUUGAUUUUCCACCACCACCAUCUGAUUUCUGUGAACCUCCUCCUGAUUUUGUGCCUCCACCACCACCAGCCCCCAGCAGCGGUAACGGAGACUUGCCACUACCCCCUCCACCUCCACCUCCACCUGUCUCCAGCAAGCCACCACCUCCAACGAAGAAACCUGUGCCACUUCCCUCAAAAAGGCUAGAAAACACAGGACAAGCUGGAGAGCCACGGUCAGCUGGACCACCUACCUCUGGGGGUGGAGGCAGGCAAGCAGAUUUCAUGUCUGACCUAAUGAAAGCGCUUGAGAAGAAGAGGGGCAGCAGCUCCUGA